AAAUACUUCCCUUUCUUCCCUUAAGCAGGAGGUUUUAUUUAAAGUUAAAGCUGUUUAUUUGGCAUUCAAGGGGGGACCCCAUUGCUGAGGAGCCACAGCCAUGAACGGCCUUGCAGCCCUGUGUCGAAGACACCAGUCUGUCCUUCUGGUUCUGUUUCUUCUGCAGAUUCAGAGCUUGGGUCUGGACAUCGACAGCCGUCCUACCGCAGAUGUCUGUGCCACACACACGAUCUCACCAGGACCCAAAGGCGAUGAUGGUGUGAAGGGCGACCUGGGGGACGAGGGGAAGCACGGCAAAGUGGGCCGCUCGGGGCCAAAAGGAAUUAAAGGACAACUGGGGGAUGCUGGAGACCAGGGCAACAUUGGAAAGACUGGGCCCAUUGGCAAGAAGGGUGACAAAGGGGAAAAAGGUUUGCUUGGAGUUCCUGGAGAAAAAGGCAAAGCAGGUACUGUCUGUGAUUGUGGAAGAUACCGGAAAGUUGUUGGACAACUGGAUAUUAGUGUUGCUCGACUCAAGACAUCUAUGAAGUUUGUCAAGAAUGUCAUAGCCGGGAUCAGGGAGACGGAAGAGAAAUUCUACUACCUCGUGCAGGAGGAGAAGAGUUAUAGGGAGUCCCUGACCCACUGCAGGAUCCGGGGGGGCAUGCUCGCCAUGCCUAAGGACGCAGCGGCCAACACGCUCAUUGCUGACUACGUGGCCCAGAGUGGCUUCUUCCGGGUGUUCAUCGGAGUGAACGACCUGGAGCGUGAGGGCCAGUAUGUGUUCACCGACCACACACCACUGCAGAACUACAGCAAUUGGGGCGAGGGUGAGCCCAGUGACCCACACGGGCACGAGGACUGCGUGGAGAUGCUGAGCUCAGGCCGAUGGAAUGACACUGAGUGUCAGCGCACUAUGUACUUCAUCUGUGAGUUUGUCAAGAAGAAAAAGUGA